UCCGUCCCUAAGCUAAAAGCCCUACUCUCUUCCACAUGGCUUUGCAUCAAAUAUCAGGAACUUGUGCUGAACAUACGAUUUCAGUAGCUGAUGAAGAUGCUCGAAAGGUCCAGAGAUUGCGUCGAGCUCAAUGGCUCCGAGCAGCUAUUCUAGGAGCUAAUGAUGGUCUGCUUUCUACUGCAUCACUAAUGCUUGGCAUAGGUGCAGCGAAGGAAGAUAGACGGUCCAUGGUCUUAUCUGGACUGGCUGGAGCUGUUGCAGGUGCCUGUAGCAUGGCUGUUGGGGAGUUUGUUUCUGUCUCAACCCAAAAAGAUAUCCAAAAGGAAACUGUUAGCCACGUCAGUUCGAAAAAUUACGGGAAAGAUGCUCCUGGAAUCGGACUCAAUGGCACCGCAACUACAGCAAGCAUUAAAGGAGAAGCAAAGCUGGAUGACUCCAAGGUCAUCUCUGAGCCAACACAGAGAAUGCCACGAAGAAUGAUACUCGAGUCAAAGCUGCCCCCAGGUAUGUCUCCCGGAAGGGAUCCUGCAAUGAAGGUAAUCCAAGAAGAUGGAAAGAGAAGUCCUGAAAUAUUGCGGGAGGAUGACGGAGAGGAGGUGCUAACAAACCCCAACAAGGCUGCCGUUGCAUCGGGUGUAUCAUUUUCGAUAGGAUCAUGUGUGCCUUUGCUGCCUGCCGUGCUUGUGGCCCAAAAUGUUGUUAGGAUUGUGGUGAUUGCUGUGGUUGCAUCAAUAGCUCUGGCUUUUGUUGGAGGCUUCGGAGCUUAUCUUGGUGGUUCACCAAUUAGGAUAUCGGCGGUAAGAAUCCUACUUGGAGGUUGGAUUGCCAUGGCAAUUACUUUUGGGUUGCUCAAGCCUUUCGAUAAGGAUCAUAGUUGAUGACUUAGAUUAUUUCCAUCAUUACUGGAAGAGAAGCCGCAAAAGGGGGGGUUUGGUUUUUCAUAUAAAGCCAAAGCUGUUGUAUCUUGCUAAAUUUUGUUUGCUUAAUACUAGAUGCUAAUAUUGUUUGAAGAUACUGGUAUACUAAUGCAUAAAUGUCAGAAGAUUAAUAUUUAA